CAAGAGUCAGGUCUCGAGAGUGAUUUUAAUCCAAGUUUUCAUCUUCCUCCUCCGAUCAUUUCUGCAAUCAGAUUUUGCUGGUCAAUUGAAAGUGCAGAGGCCAAUAUGGGAGGUGGUGGGCACGGAGCUGGUACAACUUUCAAGGGCAUGACCAUACACCAGCCAAAACGCUGGCACACCGUCACCGGCAAGGGAUUGUGCGCCGUCAUGUGGUUUUGGGUGCUAUACAGGGCGAAACAAGAUGGACCUGUAGUACUGGGCUGGAGACAUCCAUGGGAAGGCCAUGGUGACCAUGGACAUGAUCACUAGGUCCUUUGUAGGGUUGCUGUCAAUGGUGGGCAGAAGGGGAAAUGGCAAAGCUUCAGUUGCAGGUUCCCUAUUUGAAUGUUACGAGUACCAUAUUUGCUGAGUUCUGUUCAAAUAAGGAUAUUGUGAUAGCCAAGUGGACAUUGACAUCACUUCAUCAUUUUUACUUUGUAAUCAUGAAUUCUUCUGAUGUGUGUUGAAUAUUUGAUUUGUGUUCAAUCACUGCUGUUGUGGAGUUCAAGCAAAGAUCAAUGCCUACUUCUGAAUUUAGUUUGUUCUUUUGUUUUA